AUGUUCUUCUGGACAUCCAUAUGGCUAUUCUCGCUCUCAGUUGGCUCGAAGCCAAUCAAGCAGCGGUUAUCGGCGCCACAGAGUGCGCCAACGAUGACGGAGCUUGAUCUGCAAAGGCGCAUCUUGCCCUUUCAGCGCACUUACACUAUCGAGAUCAGCUUUUCGACUAGAUGCGAGUUCAGCACCGCGAUGCUACCCGGCGUGUUCGAGUCGGCUCCUGUUCGCGUCUCUUCCACGUGUAGGAAGCCUCUCUAUGGCAGCCUGAGCUGCGGCUUUGAGACGAACCCUGAACUGACGGUGGAUGAAUCUCAAGGCGUGAGCAGAUUUACCGUCAAGCCGUCGGACAGUAACAAAAUGAUCUGGGUACCAAAGUCAUUCUUCAAGCUGCAUAGUACACCAGCAGGCAGCAUCUACUCGCCACCGCCGUCCUUUUGCAAUCGCCUCCACACCGCGCCACCGGACGCGGUGGCAACGUGCGAGCCCGUCCAGGGCAGGAUUUUCCUCGUCGACCCAGGGCCUUACACGCAUUAA